AUGCCCAUCACAUCCGCGGACGCCACGGAGCCUCAGGCCCUUCAAGUCAUCCUAGACGGACUCAGGGAACUGUUUGAAAAGGCACAGGCAGGCGACGUAGGGUCGUGGGAGCAUAUGAAUGGAGUGACGGAGGAACUAUUGAAGGCGCUGGAGUUUAAAAAGGAUGAUGACCCUUGGUGGCAUAAUAUGAAGCGAGCACAUGCCAAGUCUAAAGAAGGACUUGAAGAUCUUAAAAGGUCCUUAGGUGACGGAGCGGGAAUUUGA